CGCUAGCGCGGAGGCGGUGCCGGGCGCGGCGCAGAGCGGAGGAUGCUGCGGGUGGGGGCCGCCGCCGCCAGCCCCGGUGCCGGUGCCGGUCCCGGGCGGGAGGGCACCCCCCCGCAUCCCGCCCGCUGAGCCCCGGCCCGGCCAUGGGGGCUCUGACCAGCCGGCAAAACGCAGGGGUGGAAGAAGUGGAUAUCCCCGCUAAUUCCGUCUACAGAUACCCCCCGAAAUCCGGGAGCUACUUUGCCAACCACUUCAUCAUGGGCGGCGAGAAGUUCGACUCCACGCACCCCGAGGGUUACCUCUUCGGCGAGAACAGCGACCUCAACUUCCUGGGCAACCGGCCCGUGGUGUUCCCUUACGCUGCUCCACCUCCUCAGGAACCCGUGAAGACCCUCAGGAGCUUAAUCAACAUCCGCAAGGACACGCUGCGCCUCGUCAAGUGCUCGGAGGAGGUGAAGACGCCGGGGGAAGAGGUCAGCAAAGCCAAGGUGCACUACAACGUGGAGUUCACCUUCGACACGGACGCCCGCGUGGCCAUAACCAUCUACUACCAGGCGACGGAGGAGUUUCACAAUGGCGUGGCGAGCUACAUCCCCAGGGACAACAGCCUGCAGUCGGAGACGGUGCACUACAAGCGGGGGGUGUGCCAGCAGUUCUGCGUGCCCUCCCACACCGUCGACCCCUCCGAGUGGAGCGAGGAGGAGCUGGGCUUCGACCUGGACCGGGAGGUGUACCCCAUGGUGGUGCACGCAGUGGUGGAUGAAGGAGAGGAGCACAAUGGGCACUGCCACGUGCUGCUGGCCACCUUUGAGAAGCACAGCGACGGCACCUUCUGUGUGAAGCCCCUCAAGCAGAAGCAAGUGGUGGAUGGUGUGAGCUACCUCCUGCAGGAGAUCUACGGCAUCGAGAACAAGUACAACACGCAGGACUCCAAGGUGGCCGAGGACGAGGUGAGCGAUAACAGCGCCGAGUGCGUCGUCUGCCUCUCGGAUGUCCGCGACACCCUCAUCCUGCCCUGCCGCCACCUCUGCCUCUGCAACACCUGCGCCGACACCCUGCGCUACCAGGCCAACAACUGCCCCAUCUGCAGGCUGCCUUUCCGAGCCUUGCUUCAAAUCCGAGCCAUGAGGAAAAAGCUGGGUCCCCUCUCGCCCACCAGCUUCAACCCCAUCAUCGCCUCGCAGACCUCCGACUCCGAGGAGCACUCGUCCUCGGAGAACAUCCCCCCGGGCUACGAGGUGGUGUCGCUGCUGGAGGCCCUCAACGGGCCACUGACGCCCUCGCCGGCCCCACUGCCACUGCGUGCGCUGGGCGACCCCCCCGGCGCGGGGACCCUGCCCUCCUACGGCAGCGAUGGCCCCCUGCCCCCGCUGCGGGCCCUCUCGCCCCUCGAUCGCCUCCCCGAGUGCGGCCCCCCGGGGCUCAAGCUGAAGAAGAGCCUCUCCAAGUCCAUCUCGCAGAACUCCUCCAUCCUGCCCGAAGAGGAGGAUGAGAAGUCGUGCACGGAGUCGGAGCUGAGGGUCGCCAGGAGGAGAUCCCCUGCCCGGCGCGAGGAGGAAUGCGGCGCGACGCCAGAGAGUGAAAACCUCACCCUGUCGUCGUCGGGAGCCAUUGACCAGUCCUCGUGCACCGGCACCCCCCUCUCCUCCACCAUCUCGUCCCCAGAAGAGCCCGUCAGCAGCAGCUUGGCUCAGUCCGUCAUGUCCAUGGCCUCCUCCCAGAGCCAGCACUCCCAGCUCAGCACCGACACCGUGUCCUCCAUGUCCGGCUCCUACAUUGCUCCUGGCACUGAGGAAGAGGAGGAGGGGGACAUGCUCCCCUCGCCCGCGGCCGCCAGCGCCACGGCCUCCGACGGAGAGUCGACACCUGUGGAGUCCCCGGAUAUAAACUUCGUCAGCAUCUCGGCCGAGGAGCGCGAUGCCGAGGGCAACGACGUGCUGGAGGACGAGGACGCCUCUCCCACGCAGGAAGACGGCCCGAGGACAGGCGCUUUCCUCGGUCUGAGGUGUGACAAUAACAAUGACUUGGGCAUCGCACACGUGAAAGCGCUGGACAAUAAACUGUGCUCUGAGGCCUGCUUACCUGCCGCCGUGCCGGACUCCUGCCCCAUUAACAUUGAGGAAUAGGCCCGGAGGCAGCCAACAACAACGUGCGGCUCCUGGGGCAGGUGCCCUGGCCCCACCGCCCCCCCAGCACCCGAGACCUGGAGCAGGCAGCAGCCCCCCUGCCCGUGUGAGGGCUCAGCCUCGGCGGGGACACGCACCCCCCUGCCCGCCCAGAGGGACCCUGGUGUUGGGGCACCGCGGGCAUCGCCACCUCCAUCCCUCGGCUGUAGCGCGACUGAUUUUGGAAAGAAAAGAUGGUAACCUCGACUUGUCCUCCCUGGCCCCCCUGUGCAGAGGGGGGCCAAGAGCCACAAUCACCUUGGAGCCCCCCCAUCAGCACCUUCCCGUCCUCCAGCCCUGACAGGGACAGGCUGGGGUCCCCUCCUGCCCCUGGCCAUCUCACACCCCUGGCUCCUCUCCCCCCCGGCGUGCGGCGCAGUGCUCAGUGGGAUGGGAUGGGGUCACCCCACAAAGAGGGUCCUGGGAUGUGGCCAGAGGGGGACAAUGGGGUGAGGGUGCCCAGGGGUGUGGGUUAAGGAUGUGGCAUUGGCAUCCUUGGUGCACGAGCUGGUGACCUUCAUCGGGGGCCGGCCCCCCCCAGGUUUGCUGGCCUGUGUCCCUGCCGUGCCGUGGGGUGUCCCCAUGCCAUGCCGUGGAAUGUCCCCAUUAAUGCACUGGUGGUGAUGGUGCCCCCCCAGCUCCCCCUCCCUCCGCUCUCCUGGGCAGCAACAUGGGCUCUUGGGCCGGGCCCGUGUGGUUGCGUUUCCCCAGGGAUGGAGCGGGGUGGGUAGGGGACAUGGUUGUCCCCCCUCCAUCACCAGCCCCCGGGGCAUCACUAGUUUAACCUCACUGUCUUCCGCCCCGCUGUGAGCUCGGGGCUUGGGGCUGUGCCCUCUCUCUGGAACAAGUGCCAAAAGUGUCACCCCCCCCCGUCCCACCCCUCCUGCCCUCUCCAUCGCACUUUGUAGCAGGGGGUGGAUGGGGGUGCGAAAGCUGCCCCCCACCCCUCCAUCCCCACCCCUCCGGCCAGUGCUGGGCUGACAGCAUAAGCGGGUUUUGCUCAAGGGGACGGGCACGCAGGGACACCGAUGGGGCAGGGACGCAGCCACAGACCUCGGGGACCUGAUGGGAUCAUUGUCACCAGCGGUCAUUGUCGGAGGCUAAGCUCCACUCCAGAGAGCAUCAGGGACGUUCUGAAGCCGUUUUGAGGAGCAUCAGACCCAGCAUCCCAAUCUGGCGAGCUCUGGAGCUGUUUGGGCCAGCCCGGGGAGGGGAGGCUGAGCCCUCCCUUUCCCCCCACCUGGUUUCCUCAGCAGCAGGAGCCGGGGCAGAGCCCCCAGCGCAGAUGUGAUGGCAAAGGCCACCUCCUCCUUGCAGGAGAAAAACAUGUUUCAGAGCUACCUUAGGGCAGAGGUGCUCAUACAGUGACAGCGACGUCCCGCAGUGGCUGUGUGCAGGGAGCGGGUCCCCACAUCAGAGCAGGGGCUGUGCCGGUGGCCAUGGCUCCUAAAGGGGGACAAAACCCUUUUUAGGUCCAGGGUGUGUUUUCUCCACCUGGGUCACAGCCGGAGCUGCAGCGGCUGCUUGCUGCAGGGUGUUGGUGUCGGCCACCCUGCUGCUCCCUCCUCCGGGCUCCCCCCAUCCACCGUAUCUCCCAUCGGCUCAAUAGCUCCCAAAUUUCUCCCUGGGAACCUGGGGCUGGGCUCUUGAUGGGGGCGGGGGGGGGUGUGGCAUCUCCAAACUGCCAUCCCGUGGGAUGGGAGCUGCUAACAGCAGAGAGGGCUGCAGCAGCAGGGGACAAGCCUUGUGCCCCGCUCAGGGACACGCUGCCAUGGUGGGGCCACUACCUGCAGGUCUGGGUGUCCUGGUCCCAAGGAGCCACCAGCACCGUGCUGGGCACAGAGAGAGCUUUGGGGGUUGACCAUCGUGCUGAGCUGGGAAAACCAGGGGGGUGGCAGGAGACUGGCUGCUCCCGCACCCUCGGGCAUGGGCCGGAGAAGGGAAAAUCAGGCUGAUGCUCCAAGGGUGGCUCGCCUGUCAAAGCCCACCUUUCCUCAGUUUCAAAAGGAACAAUGAGAGCUCUCUGCGACCAGGCACCACAGCGUAGGGCUGGGAUGGUGCUUGUGGCUGCUGGGAGGUCAGGGCUGAACAGGCAGGUCCUUUGCUCAGGAGGGUCCUGGGAGGUGACCGGGAGGGUUUUCCAGCUGCUCUGAGCUGCGGUGUCCCCAAGGCUGCAGGAGGAGCCCAGCAAGCUCAUGGGGUGGCUGCUGGUGAGCACAAGGCAAUAGAGGAGCGAGGAAGAUGCUGCUGCCGAGCAGCGUGCCACUGCCAUGGUGCGAGCAAAGAAAUAAGCAUCCUCCGAUUUUGGUGUGGGCGACACCAGCGCUGUCCUCAGCCACCCAGAAGGGACAAGGGGCGGACAGGAGCCGCCAGUGCCAGCAGCGUGGGGUGAAAGGCAACGGCCCCCUGUUUCAGGGGGCAGCCCCUUGUUCCAGCGAUCCACCCAUCAGGGAUUUAAGGAAGGAAACCAGAUUGCUGCUUAUGACUUUGCUUUGAGCAUGUUUUGGAUUUCAAGAGUAUGUUUAAUAAAGGGUAUCUUACGUC